UACUCACUGCUCUCCAGAGUUCCAAUCUGACUCGUCUGUGUCCGUCAAUGUGGUGAAUAUUUCUGCCUCUUGCCUUUUCUGUCACAUUCCAGCUUCCAGGACACAGCGUCCUCCUAUCAUGGGUUAUAAAGAGAAGCACAGCUCCAGUAUGCAUCUGCACAUGGCGUUAUGAACACCUUUUACCUCCAGUGACUUUUUUGAACUGUUUUGAAUAGGAAAAAAGACUCUCUAGAAGAAUUUACCUUUCCUUUUUCUUCCUUCCUUCUUUGAGUUUUUUUUCUACUUGAAUGCAAUCUAACUUACACAAAAGCUCAAUUAUAAACAGUGGAAUAACAGUGUUUUACGGCUUCAGCUCAGAUGUGUGUGCAUGGACAAGAGAAAGGACAGAAUACAUCGGUGUGAGAUUGCAUAGAUGGAUCAACAUGUAUCAACACAAUCCAGACUCCUUUGUUUUAUUAAAAAAAAAAAAGUCUUCUUCUUGGGAUGAAAGUCACAAACCAGCCAAUAUGUCCUGGCAAUUUGGCAAUAAUUUACUAGUAAACUUUCCCUGAUGCCUAGAAGUGGUUUUACGAGGGGGAGACAGAAUGACAGAAUGUAAGGGUACCACACAAUAAGUGACCCAGAGAGCGUCUGUGGAAGAAAUGGUUACAACUUUCCUCAAUGAAAGGCAAGCCACUACUGAGGAGAUGGCUUUAGUAAGCAAUGCACUGGCUGCUUACUCCUUCAUAGCAGAUCACCCGGAACGGGCGGCACUGUAUUUUGUGUGUGGAGUGUGUUUGGGACUGGUUCUUACUCUCAUCGCGUUAGUGGUACAGAUCUCCUGUCGAACCGACUGCAAAACGCAACAAGCGCCCAAGAAAACGGGCAAAACUGCGGAGAGCACCAGCGACACGAGCGACAGUGACUCGGACUGGGACAAUAGCUCCGACCUGUCGGCACGCCGCCACCGGCGAUUUGAACGGACGCUCGGUAAUGUGUUCACCUCCGCGGAGGAGCUGGAGCGCGCACAGCGAUUAGAGGAACGCGAGCGGAUUAUCCGGGAGAUCUGGAUGAACGGACAGCCGGACAUGCCAGCCACACGCAGCCUCAACCGCUACUAUUAAAGUCUCUGAAGCAACGAGACAGAAGGUUUGAGGAAAUAUUAUACAAUAGCUAUUAAAAAUAUUUGGGAUACAGUAAGGGACUGAAAUAUGGGAAAAGCCAACACUUAAAACGUUUUGGAAUAUCUCUUCUGGUGGCACCGGCAAUACUAGUGAAGCAUUUGAAGGUGCACUCAGUACAUUUUUUGUUAAUGUUGCGCUGACAGUCGUUUUGUACUUAUACUGAUGACACCUAUACUGACACCUGGUGGCGUGGAUGAAAAAGCAAUGGUUUUAGUUAGGGGUAAAUUCAUGUAAAUUUGGACACUUUUUGCUAUUGCAAUGUUCUAAUCAAAAUGUCAUAAUAAACUGAUAACACAGUAGAAA